AUGAAGAAGGCGUGUGACGUGAUAUUCUGUGCUAUGGUGUUCCUCGUGAUGGUAGAAAGGACAGAUGCAGUGUCUGUGGACGAGGGGAACCCUCUGUCGACUAUUUUGGGCCUCUCUGACGUCACUAAGGACUUGUUUGCUAAACAGAAAUCGGGGGAGACGUUUGAUGUAUUGGAGUUCCUGACACAGUUUGGCUACUUGCCGAAGACCGAGACAGAGCACAUAGGACACCUACAGUCUGCAGAUGUCGUUGCCAGAGCCAUCGGAAAAUUUCAAAAGUUCAACGGCCUCGAAGUGACAGGUGAUCUGGACCGAAGCACGCUGACCAUGAUGAAAAAACCGCGAUGUGGGAUCCCAGACAUUGUGGAGGAGGACCGUGGCAGAUUUCUGGACAGACUACAGCCAAUGGCGUACACAGAAUACGGUACACAAUCGUCUUAUGAGUUGUGCAUUCAUGUAUCAGUGGUUAUGUGGCGCGCCUUUCAGAGAGCCCUUGACCUGUGGUUCAAGGAGAUCCCACUCAAACUGCGCUACUCCGCUCACAAGCCGGACAUCGAGAUCAAGUUUGCCAGGGGAGAGCAUGGAGAUGGAUGGCAGAAUCGUUUCAAGGGAAGGGGACCAGACGGUUUCAUGUACGCAUUUCGUGGUGACAAAGUCUACAGGAUAGGCGCAGAGGGUUUGGAGUUCCGAUUCCCGCGUCUUAUUCGUGACAUUUUUCAAGGAGCUCCACGAAGACACAUCAGAGCUGCGACCUACGUGAAGGAAGAGGGCAAGCUGUAUAUGUUUAAAGAUUUCCGAGUGUGGCGUUUCAGCAACUUCCGGCUGGACAGCGGCUACCCGCGGGUUUGGACCAAUGAUCACAGCCAUCUGCCGUCUGCAGCCUUGACCCUCAACCUCAACGGGAACUCACAAGUGUUUCUGUUCGGCCAUGACCACUUCUGGGAGUGGGACGUUGUGAGGGAGAAGAUGGUGCCCAACUACCCACUGUCCCUGGCCAAGUACUUCCCGCACGCGCCUCUCUUACCUGAUGCUGCCUUCCUGACGUCGCACGGGAACUUCAUCUUCUUCAAAUACAGCGGGUACAAACGAUUGGAGCACAGGCGCGAGAACUCGCCCACUCUCUCUCUGGGACCAGACCUGUUCGGUGACGUCUGCAAAGGGUCAGCCACUCUAGGAGCGGGGGAACAGCGCCCCCUGUUUGUUGACCUCAUGACGUCACGAGGGUCACAGCAGCUGCGCUUGUCUCCCCUGGUGUGGGCUUUGGUCAACAGGAGUUAUUAG